ACCUGGACAUUUCCACUAUUCCUGGGUAAGUAAAUCAUGGAGGGGGUUGCUGGUCAGUCGGAUAUAAAACCAGAGCGUGUCCAACCAAAGACAUCACACUUUGCAAGUCGAUCCACUCGAAUCUACUACAGCAAUGGCAUUCAAGUUCAUCACUCUCUUGGCCCUCGUGGCAGCAGCCAACGCCGGCUUCAUCCCAGCGCACCAGCCGCUCGCUUACGCAGCAGCCCCAGCGUACGCCACCCCCGUGUUAGCGAAGGCCAUAAACUCCGAAGACGAUCCUCAUCCUCAGUACAGUUUCUCUUACGAUGUCCAGGACUCGACAACCGGUGACUUCAAGAACCAAUACGAGACCCGCGAUGGUGAUGUAGUACAAGGCAGCUACUCCCUUCUCGAAUCAGACGGAACCCGCAGAACCGUCGACUACACCGCCGAUGACGUUAACGGAUUCAACGCCGUCGUCCGCAAAGAACCCGCUCACGUCGCUGUCAAAGCCGUAGCUCCAGCUGCACUUGCCGUCAAAGCCGCUCCCAUUGCUUACGCUGCACCCGCAGCCUACGCUAAAGUCGCUGCACCAGUAGCAUACGCCGCACCUGCAGCAUACGCCGCUCAUUACGCACCAGCCACUUACUCAGCUCACUAUGCACCAGCUGCAUACGCAACUCACUACGCACCCGCUGCCUACGCUAAAGUCGCUGCACCAGUAGCCUACGCCAAAGUCGCUGCACCAGUCGCCGCAUACGCACCCGCUGCAUACGCAACUCACUACGCACCAGCUGCUUACUCUGCUCAUUACUCUGCACCAGCCACCUACGCCACCCACUACGCAACACCUGCAGUAGCCAAAGUAGCUGGACCAGUUUACUACCACUAAUUACCUCCGUCACUCAACAUGUCUAUUUAUUGUUAAAAAAAUUUCUCAGUCAAUAAAAAAAAUUUUUCUGGAUUAA